AUGAGCUCUGUGGAGCCGCUCUCCCUCCCUCCCUCCCUCCCUUCCUCACUGUAGCCUACCGCUCACCGGGAAAUACGGUGGGCAGGACUGAUCCGGGAGAGAGAGAGCGAGAGAGAGAGAGAGAGAGAGAGAGAAGGAGGGAGGAAACAGAUCUCUCCACCACGCUCCGCCGGUGCACCACGGGGUGCGCAUUCAAACUGACCAGCGCGUCUCUCUCACAGCGCAGACACCGUCCUCUCUGCACAUCCACCAGCGAGCAGCCUCACCGCAGCUGACCACAGGAACAGGUGCAGAGGAGCUGCAGAGAAGAAGAACAAGAAGAGGAGGAGGGAGGAGGUGAGGUUCUCUCCUCAGCUCACUGUGACUGUGAGCUCAGUGAGGGUUUGAGUCUGUCAGGACCAUCCACCCACUAACAGCAAGCAGCUAAACUCCCAGACCUGACACCUCGCUCUCCUCCACCCGCUCUACUUCUGCCACAGUGUCAUGGCCUUCACCCUGUCAGAAAUAAUGGCGGCAAGGCGGCAACAGUCGCAGGCUCAGUCACACGCCCAGCGGGGCAGCAGGACAGCAGUGGAGGUAGACGAGUACAGCACCAACCCCACUCAGGCCUUCACCUUCUACAACAUCAACCAGGGACGCUUCCAGCCACCACACGUCCACAUGGUGGACCCGAUGCCCCAUGACACGCCCAAGCCGCCCGGCUACACUCGCUUUGUUUGCAUCUCAGACACUCACUCCCGCACCGACUCCAUCCAGAUGCCGUACGGGGACGUGUUCAUCCACGCCGGAGACUUCACUGAGCUGGGACUGCCCUCCGAGGUCAAGAAGUUCAACGACUGGCUAGGUACCCUGCCCUAUGACAUCAAGAUAGUAAUUGCCGGAAACCACGAGUUGACCUUUGACCAGGAGUUUAUGGCUGACCUGAUCAAGCAGGACUUCUACUACUUCCCGUCUGCCUCCAAGCUGAAGCCAGAGAAUUAUGAGAAUGUCCAGUCGCUGCUCACCAACUGCAUCUACCUGCAGGACUCCGAGGUCACAGUGCGGGGCUUCAGGAUCUACGGCUCCCCCUGGCAGCCCUGGUAUUAUGGCUGGGGCUUCAACCUGCCGCGGGGUCAAGCUCUACUGGACAAGUGGAACCAGGUCCCCGACAACACAGACAUCCUGGUCACACACUGCCCCCCACUGGGUUUCCUGGACUGGGUCCCAAAAAAGAUGCAGCGUGUCGGGUGCAUGGAGCUGCUCAACACAGUGCAGAGGAGAGUCCAGCCCAAAUUACAUGUGUUCGGACACAUUCAUGAAGGUUACGGAAUGAUGACUGACGGCACCACCACGUACAUCAACGCCUCGGCCUGCACUGUCAACUUCCUACCCAUGAACGCGCCCAUCGUCUUUGACCUUCCAAACCCCAGGACCACAUGACUAGAGGAAGCUGGCCCCAAAACGCCUGCCGCCAGUCAGGAGAAAGGAGCCAGGAGAGGCAGGUGAGGUCGGUGGGCAGAACGGGACUGAAUUGUGUAAAUAUACGACGGUCAGCUGUGUGUUUGACGUGACACAUACGGUACAUGAAGAUGGAGCGGACUAAGCGAGGGAUGGAUGCUCGCUCGCGCUAUUAAUGUUAUUUUAUGUGCCAUAAUUUCUUCAUCUCAACACUGAGUCUACUUGAGGAGACACUUUUACAUGUGGACAAACGGACACUUGUCUGUGCCCUCUUUUACUGCACUGACAAUCUGAUGUGGUUCUUGGAGAGACGAGAGACACCCUGACAUCCCCUUUUCACUUCAUUUAAAUGGACUGCAAACGUUUGGAGUAAUGUGAAACCCAACGCCUCGUCUACAGGAGUUCUGGUUAGAGCCACCGCUCAACAGCAGCAAUGGAACAUUUGCCGGGGGGAUUUUAACAGAACUUUUCUGCUCUCCCACUUUUAAACAUUCAUUUCUCAUUUUCUUUCCCUCAGUCCUUCGUUCUACCACCCUUCUUAUCUUCCUCCUGUUUCUCCCCCAUCCUCAGGCCCAGAGCGUGCUGGAGUGUGUGGGGUUUUUUGCCAGCUCGUGUGUAUGUGAGAUCAAAGCAAGUGUGUGAGGGCAGCAAAAGGUCUCUGCCAUGGGCUGUGUGAGAGUCGGGGUGUCAAACAUGUUGACACUGCUCCCCUGGGCCUCAUUACAGCCCUCAUAAGCCUCUUAGCCGGCCGAGAAGAGGCCACAGAGGAAACCACGCACAGCCCCCCUCCCUUUUUUUUGUCCUCUCCACUCCUCCUUCCAUGCUUUUGCCUUUUUUCC